ACCACAAAGGGCUGCUAGUCUGGUUGAGUCUAUUCUCUCCUCUGUACCAGGACAAGAUCACAUCUUUCCAGUUCUUCACAGUGCGCACCACUGAACAGCUGGAGCUUUAGAGGAAUGAACCAUUUGUUCAGAUGGAGAAGGCUUGCCAGACUGAUGUUCAUGCUGCUAUAUUUUGUCAUUGAAGUUCUCUGUGCUUCCCAGCAAACAGUCCAGUCUGAGACUCAGCAGGUGAAAGGCAUCGUGGGACAGUCUUUCUCUUUUCAAGAGAGGGUGAUCAAUUCUAGCAAUUUACUUUAUGGAGAACUUGGCAGUAUUGCAAAUGUGUACCCUGGGAAACGAGGCAAAAUCACCCUUGUGAAGAGAUUUGAAAACCGCCUCCACUUGAACAAUGUUACAAGAUACUUCACUCUGUCAGACCUUCAGAUUGACGAUGCUGGGGUUUAUACUGUUGAGAAUACAGACGAAGGGAAAAAAAGAAAAAAAAUUGAGCUCACUGUAUACAAUUUUGUUUCCAAACCUCAGGUGACAGAGUGUGACAGCAGCUCCUGUAGUGUGGUGUGUUCUGUGCACAACGAAAAAGAGGUGACCUUGACCUUGUACAGGGGAGAGGAAAUACUAAACCAGACCAGCAGUCCUGAUCUCACCACCGAUAUCUCUCUUCGGUUGGAGGUAGAGGGUAAUAACUACAACUCCACCUACAGCUGUGUGGCUUCCAACCCUGUCAGCAUUGAGACAGUUCUUGUCCCAAAAUGUUGCAGUGAAGAUGGUAGUGCUAAUGAUGCAGACAGUGGCGAGAGGACUCUGGGUGUGCUUAUUAUUGCUGUAACCUGCGUUCUGGUUGCCUCAGGGCUGGUUGGACUUGCAAUCUAUCUAAGGAAGAGUAGAAAUGAACACUCACAAGAUUCAGCCGAAAGAGUGCAGGUUGACAUUGAGUAUACAGAGAUAACUCCUAAAAAACGAACAGAUAACCAGGAGGAGCGAACAGAUAUACCAGAAUUGGAGUGGCGUAGAGACAACCCUAAGCUGACAUCAGUUUAUGAUACACUCCUGUUACAUCGCAUGGCUGCCAGCGGGGAUGUUGACACAGCAUGAAAGAGACAAAUGUGAAGUCAAUAGGAUAUCUCACAUAAUGUAGGGGACAGUAUAUCAUGAAGAGGACAUUGAAACAAAACGAAAGUAAAAAAUUAUUCACCCAGAAAACCUUUUAGAGGCACAGUUGUUAUGGGAGAAAAAUCCCCUGGAACUGUUGUUCUGAUAUUAGAAUUUCAGGCUUCCUUUGUAGGUCAUUCUCACAAACCUGUCAAAUAGAGACCUCGAUGACAUCCACUGAUAAGGACCAAUUCAAUAGCUAUCCAUUGAAUUAGUAGCAGGAUAUCCUUCUUUUCAAGUGCCUUUUUCCCCAAAUCUCAAUGUAUAGGUUAAAACAAAUGGAACAUGUCUUUUAAUACAAUUCACUGGUGUGUUUUCUAUGCUACUGCUGGACCAACGCUUAUUUUCAGUAUUGUCUGUUCUGUUGUUUAAAAUGUAGGUGCCUCCCCUGUAUCGUUUUAUAGCUGAUCAUUGUUUAGCUUGCCAGUGGAUAGCAGCUGUGUACAUCAUAUAAAAAGAGCAGGUGUUUGAGAUAAAGCCACCUACUCCUUAGAAGCAAAGGCUGUUAGGCUUCUUCCUUUCACCGUGUAUGUUGUAUUGAAAAUAACUUUCUGAGGGAUAGAUCUUGAUUUAAUUAAAUUGUAGCUCUUAAUUAGCUUGUUUAGUUUAUUAUGAUGGACCAUUUAAUGGUUGUCCUUAUCUAUGAAGCACAUCCUUCCUUAAGAAUACAAUAACUCCCUCCUGCAGACUCUGUAGACUCUCCUUCUAUCAGAGCAUGUUGUGCUCCACCUACAUUAGUGCAGCCUUUGUAUAUAUCUGUGCGAGCACAGGUUACUGUGACCCGAAAAUACCAAAUCUGUUGAUACCAUAGUGAGUUGUUGCACUGUAGGCGUUGUUACACUUCUCUAUUUCAGAGUAGUUACUGAGACUGAAUAUGAAUAUGUAAUUCACAUUUCACUAUUUUAAAAUAAUCUCUUCACUUAUUCAAACUGAUGAAAAUAAACAUGUUGUACUGAGCUUCAAUAUAUUAAAUCAAAAACUUACCCAUACAUUUAAUUUAAAGUCAUAAAAUGUGUAUAUUUCCUGAUGUUUAACAGUCAUCAAUACAUCAAUGCCCAUGCUUGAAAUAUAUUAAUGUUUUACAUACCCUAGCACAACUCAAAAUAUGAUGGUAGAUUACUCCAUUCCCCAUUUGUUUUUGUUGUCAUUUAAAUCUAUGUAAACAAAUAAUGUAUUGCUUCAGAAUACCUGUGUAAACUGUCAUUCCUUGAAACCUUUGCUGCUUCUAUUAGUUUAAGAGUGGCAACAUUUCACCAGAGACACAACUCCAGAUUGUGGUUUUAAUGUAGCCUACUUCUAGGGUCAAAUAGGAGAGACAACUGUAAUUGGUUGGUGGAUUCUCUAUUUAGUGAGUUUAAGUGUGUGUGACCUUUUGUCCUGUCACAUGCCAGGCAGCUGUAUAUUUAAAAAAAUGUAUUUACAAUAAUGACCUCAAAUAGUGAAUUUCUAACUUUUUAUUUAAAAAUCCUAUAAUAUUUACAGCUUUGUUUUGAGAAAACAUUGGCCUUUUCUCCCAUCUAGUGGUUGAUUGUUUUAAAAAAAUAUUUCAGUACACUGUACAUAAUGCAUAGUGUUUCGCUCUGAGACAGUGUACUGUGAAUUGUGUAAGUGUAUCUUAAAUCAAGUUCAACCAAAAUGUUCUCUAACAACCUUUCUGUGCUUUAGACUGUGGUCAACCAUUUUUGGGCUAAUGUGCCAUUAUUUAUGACAUUAUUGUGAGUAAAAAUUAAAACAUUUGUGAAAUAUGCAAUUUUUAUUGUUUAUAUCCCAUUUGGUACUUAAACAUGAUCCUCAAUUAUCA